CUGGCGAGGAAACCAAGUUGGACGGAAGGAGGGGACCAACAGAGACACUCAAGGAAGUUGCAGCAAUCCGGAAGGCACCAAUGAGAGGGACGCGGUUUGGUUGGGGGGCUGCAGGGGUCCCCCCAGUAAGUCCCAUCCUCUCCGCAGAAGUGGCAGAGUUGACUUCCCAUGGUGGAACAGAACCAGAUCACCAAUGCUGCUGAAUCUAUCGUGUCCUGUGCCGGAGAAGGUGGGAACCCUCAUCACCAACCACCAAGGACCACCGAGAGUUUAUUUUGGGGAUACCCACACAUAUAUAUGUAUAUACUUUUAAGAAGAAUUCUGCCUCUCAUCUCCAGAAAUGUUAACCAUCAAGUUGCCUCAAAUCUUCAGGAUCCAUCAAGUACCUCGGAUUUUCUGGGAAGAAGGUAUCAUGUCGGGGUACCGACACCCCAAAAGUUCUGCCUUGGAUUGCGUCCUCAGCUCCUUCCAACUGAACAAUGAAACUGUCAAUAUUUGGACUCACUUCCUUCCAACUUGGUACUUUUUAUGGCGCUUUGUGAUGCUCUCCUAUCGCUUGGACUUCUGGAGCGACACCUACAGCUGGCCAUUCCUGGCCUACAUGUCUCUGGUCUGCCUCUAUCCCUUCACGUCCAGCUGUGCUCACACCUUCAGCACCAUGUCCACCCAUGCGCGACACAUCUGCUAUUUCCUGGACUACAAUGCCCUCAGCCUUUAUAGUUUGGGCUGUGCGUUCACAUAUGGCGCCUACGCCAUGCCGGAUCGUUGGGUCAACAGCCUGGGGCAUCACUGCUUUGUCCCCAUGGCUGCCAUAAAUUCUUUGAUCUGCACCAGCCUUUCGUGCUAUUCUCGGUUCCUAGAGCUGGGCUGGCCCCGCUGGAGUAAGACUAUCCGGACAGCUGCCUUCGUCUACCCGUUCUUCUUCGACAACAUCCCACUCUUCUUCAGGCUUUUGUUCUGUUUUGGCGAUGAUUGUACGUGGAACGACUCUGUGGCUAGUUAUUUCUACCACCUGUUCUUUGCCCUGCUCACCGGCUUCCUUUUCGCGUCGCAUCUGCCAGAACGGCUGGCUCCCGGUCGCUUCGAUUUCAUCGGCCAUAGCCACCAGCUGUUCCACAUCUGUGCCGUGGUGGGCACUCAUUUCCAGUUGGAAGCCAUCCUGGGUGACAUGAACUCUCGGCGGGCAUGGCUGAGCGCCCACAGCCCACUGGCCACAUUCACCCGUACUUUCGUCAUUCUGGGUGCCACCUUGCUGGGCAACCUCCUCCUCUUUGCUGCCUUCACCGUGGCCCUCUUCCGCUUACCAGGUUCCAUCCGGAUCCUGCAGGGCAGCCUUCUCGAGCCGGAAGGACCCAAGGAGAAGUAGCUGCUGAGGGGGACGGGACCCCCACCACAUUGGCAUGUCUGGACUGGCGGGUCCUGCCAACUCACUGGUGAUGCCUUCAUACCUGAAGAUCGCCUGGGCGUGGAGGGAAAUGGAGCCCUGGGUGAGAAAGGGCCGAAAUGGAGCAGAAUGUUGGACUCCAUUGUCAUCGUAAGUCGAGGACUAACUGUGACUGUAUUUCCCUGUGUUGUUGGCAAAGGCCUGCCAAGCAGGAGAGAAGGUGGGCUCCAAUUUUGCCGGGCAAGGGAGUGUUGAGUUCAGUUCCUGCCCAGUUCAAUAAUUCCAGGCUAAAGUUAGGGC